CCCCUGUGAUGCUAACAGAAGGCCAAUGUCAAGAAUGAGGUUUUCCAGAUACAUUUAAGACACUCAAAUUUAUUUAUAUUUUUCCAGAAAAAAGGUCAGAGGGCCCAUAUUCCGAUAGCAGAAAUUGCUGGCUGGGGAGGGCACUGGAGGCCAAGAAAUUAGAAACUCACACUUUGGUCUUCAUAUGGAACCUCCUUCUUCCUGACUAUCUCCUGUGAUAAAGAAUAGGAAAGGGUAAAAUUUUCUCUGUACUUCGAGGUCCCUGUGCCUGUGGAUGUGGCGGUAGCAGGUGAAGAGUUUGUGCUGAUGCCUUUAAAGACAUAUUAUCAAGGAGCAGGAGUAAUGUGUCCAGAUGAUCUCACCUGAGAAGGAAAUCAUGGAAGGAGGACAAAGAGAAAGAAGUGAUUGCUUUUCAGGGAGUGUUGACAUUCAAGGACAAGUCUAUUGAAUUCUCUAUGGAAGAGUGGGCCUGCCUGGACCCUGCUCAGCAGCAUUUGUAUCUGGAAGUCAUGUUAGAGACCUACAGAAACCUGUUCUUCCUGGUUCUAUAUAAUCAUUCUACUGAAGACCGUUUUAAAGAGUGGGGCACAAAUAUUUUAUUUCCAGAGAUGAUCCUGACCAGAUAUCAAAGCUAUGACUCCGAGAAUUUGAACUUAACAAAAAAAUGGGAAAGUGUGUAUGAGUGUGAUGAGCAGAAAGUAUUUUACAGUGGACUUGACCAAUGUUUAACAGCAACCUAUGGCAAAGUCUUCCAAUGUAGUAACUCUUUGAACACCUUCAGACAAUUGUCAAAUCUCAAUAGAAAAACAAUGAAAUAUACCUUAGAGAAAACUUUCAAUUGUAAAAGGAAUGGGAAAGCCUCUAACUUCUGCUCACAUGUUACAAAACAUAAGAUCAUGCAUACUGGAAAAAAACAGUUCAAAUGCAAAGAAGGUAGACAAGUUUUUCAGUCUUGCUCAAGUUUCCAUACUGGAGAGAAACUGGACAAGUGUGAAAAUGAUGGCAAAUGUCUUAGCCACAGUUCAAAAUAUUAUAACCAUCCGAAUUUUGAUACUGGCGAAAAAACCUGCAACUAUAAGAAAUGUGACAAAAUUACCAAGCAGUACUCACAUGUUUCUGGAAAAAAAAAUUGAUUCUGGAGAGAAACACUUCAAAUGUGAAGAAUGUGGAAAAACCUUUAACCAGCACUCUCUUUUCUUUAGACAUCAAAGAAUUCCUUCUGGCGAUAAACCCUACAAAUGUCAGGAAUGUGUCAAAGCCUUUAACAAGUACUCAAACCUUUCUGUACAUCAAAGAAUUUAUUCUGGAGAGACACCCUAUGGAUGUGAAGAAUGUGGCAAAGCCUUUAAACACCACUCAUACUUUCUAGACAUCAAAGAAUUCACUCUGGACAGAAACCCUACAAAUGUCAAGAAUGUGGCAAAGUCUUUAACCAGCACUCUCUCCUCUUUAGAUAUCAAAGAAUUCAUUCUAGAGGGAAACUCUACAAAUGUCAAGAGUGUGGAAAAGCCUUUAAACAGUACUCACACCUUUCUGUACAUCAAAGAAUUCACUCUGCAGAGAAACCCUACAAAUGUUAAGAAUGUGGAAAAUCCUUUAAGUACUACACAAGCCUUUCUAGACAUGAAAGAAUUCACUCUGGAGGGAAACUCUACAAAUGUAAAGAGUGUGGCAAAGCCUUUGACUGUGACUCAAACAUUUCUAUACAUCAAAGAAUUCACUCUGUACAUAAAGCUUACAAAUUAAAAGAAUGCACUAAAGCCCUUUUCCUUAGUUAAACUCAUAGUGAACAUGAUAGAAUUUUUUGUGGAGAGCAACUCUACAAAUAUGAAGAAUGUGGCAAGGCAUUUACAGUGUACUCAACCCUUUCUGUACACCAAAGUAAGAAACUACAGGGGUCAUGUAGCAUAGACUCAUUAGUUUGUGAACAUUUCCAGACAUUUAAGAAUUUAUUCUGGAGAGAAACCUUUUAAAUAUGGACAGUGUUGCAAACUCUAACUCACAUUCAAUCCUCACUGUACAUAGAAGAAAUCACAUAGGAGAGAAACCCUCCAUUUGAGGACUGUGGCAGUGCCUUGACCUGGUGUUCGUAGAAUGCUAAACAUAGAAGAAUUCAAACUGGAGAGUAAUCCUACAUAUGUGAACACUGUGGCAGUGACCUUAACUAGAGUACAAACCUUAACAUGAGAACAUUCAUAUUGGAGAGAAAUCUUCUAAAUGAUAAUGUGGCAAAGGUUUUCAGUGAUCCUCAUUCUUAGUAAACAUAAGAGAAACCAUAGGAAGAAAAAUGGAAAUAAUGUGAA